UUCUAGAAUCUAUGUCAAAAGAAAUUAUAUACCCGUGGAGUUGAAUACUACAACAGAAACUCACCAGAGAAGUGAUUCGUUUGAAAGUGAAGACAAUCCCUCGGAUAGCUCACAAGACACUGUCACUGAAAAUAAGUCAGAAAGUGAAUACUUACCUGAUGAGACUAGUGAGUCUAGUAUCGAGUCUCCUCUGAUUUCACAUAUUACAUUGAGACCUAGAAAUAAAAUAAGUACAAGAAAACCAGAAGAGAAUACUUACCUGUGUUACAAUGAAGAUGUUCUAUUCUGUACAGCUCCUGAAACAUACAGUGAUGCAUUGAGUUCGAGCGAAGCAGAUAAAUGGAGAAAAUCUAUCAGUGAAGAACUUGAAGCUCAUGAGAAGAAUGAAACCUGGACAUUGGUAGAAAAACCAUCAGACACCAAAGUGAUUGGAUGUAAAUGGGUCUUCCGAAUCAAAGACGAGCCAACGGGUCCACGGUUCAAGUCACGACUUUGUGCCAAGGGUUAUGCACAAACUGAAGGUAUAGAUUACAAGGAAACUUUCGCUCCAACAGUCAGGUAUGACUCAAUCCGUCUAUUAUUGUCCUUAGCUGUUGAAUAUAAUCUAGAAAUUAUUCAAUUAGAUGUCAAAACUGCUUUUCUUUAUGGAGAAUUAGAAGAGGAUAUAUUUAUGUCUCCACCAGAAGGUCUAACCUGCAAAAGUAACAUGGUCAGUGUUCCAGUUGAUCCUCAUAUAAAGCUCGAGAAAGGAGAGUGCUCAGCUGACAAGAAUAUCCCUUACAGAGAAGCAGUGGGUUCACUGAUGCACCUAGCAAUAGUAAGCCGACCCGACAUCAUGUUUGCUGUAAGCCUGGUGAGUCGAUUUCUUAAUUGCUAUAAUGAAUCUCACUGGAACGCAGUCAAGAAAAUCUUCAAAUACUUGAAAGAAACCAAGAAUUAUGGUCUGUGUUAUCUAUCUUCAACGAACCAUGAAAUCCUGGGUUACUGUGACGCAGACUAUGCCAAUGAUGUUGACACCAGACGCUCAAUCAGGGGCUAUGUGUUUAUAAAGAAUGGAGCAGCAGUAACUUGGUCCAGCCAACGUCAGCAAACUGUAGCUCUAUCGACAACAGAGGCUGAAUUCAUGGCAGCCUGUGCCGCUACCAAAGAAGCCAUUUGGAUUAAACAGUUAUUAAGUGAUAUUGGUGAAUAUAAACAACAGACAUUGUGCCUAAAUUUAGAUAAUCAGAGUGCUAUAAGUGUUAUAAGAAAUGCUAAUUUUCAUAAAAGAUGCAAACACAUUGAUAUUAAGUAUCAUUUUGUAAAAGAAAAGUACUAUGAUAAAGUAAUUGAUUUAAAGUAUGUUUGCAGUAGUAAUCAGUAUGCUGAUAUUUUUACUAAAGCUUUGAGUAGAGACAAGUUUAGAUUGUUGAGAGAAAAGAUAGGCUUGGUAACACUUAACACUUAAUUUUAAAUGUAUCAUUCUGUUGUUAAAUUUUUGUUACUGUUUAUUUUUAUAAGGCUUAAAUUUAGUGGGAGUGUUAGAAGUAAAAUUUAAAUUUGAAGCCUAAUGUUGCCCGUACUCACUGAAAUAGUACUGUGUCUGAUAUGGUGUCUAUGACCGCUCUCUCUCUUCUCUCUUGUCGGUGAUCUCGGAAGCAUAUCAAGUCGUUGUAAAUUAUAAAAUAUUAAUUUAAUUAUUAAAUCAGUGAUAUAAAGU